AUAGCUUCUAUAAUAGGGACUAAUGUCUCCUUUAUUACGGGCAAGUCUCUCGCGGAUGUGAGUGUCGCCUUGAAGAUAUCGUGGCUAUCCCGAGGAGUUACUAAAAGGGUUAAAGAUGUAAUAUAUUGCAUACUUAGAAUCUUUAGUAUUAAUAUGCCUUUUCUAUAUAGCAAAGGAAUAAAUAUAUUCGUCUGCCUAUAA